AUGGGUGAGAACUCCGAAGGAAAACUUAUAAUUGAUUUCACCGGUAAUAUCAGUACAGCGCAAUUACAGGGUUUCUACAGAACCAGCUACGUCACAGCUAAGGGAACUACAAGAUACAUGGCGGUCACCCAAAUGGAACCCACUUUCGCGAGGUCAGUUUUUCCAUGCUUCGACGAGCCCUCCUUCAAAGCUGUCUUUGAAAUAUACAUCACUUAUCCCCUUGGAUACAAUGCUUUGUCGAAUAUGCCAGGAAAAAUAUAUACUAAGGACAGUAAAUCAGAGACGAUGCGCUUCGAGAAAACAACCGUGAUGUCCGUUUACAUAGUUGCUUUCGCCAUUUCCGAUUUCACAUGUUCCGAGGGAAAACCGGUUGGCACCGUUGCUGUUCGGAUAUGCUCGAAAUCGGAAAUAAGCGAGCUAAGGAAAUGGUCGCUAGAAUUCGCGUCUAAGGUUUUGCAGUACUUGAACGAGUACACCCAGUACGACUACAAAAAAUCCAUGGCAAAGGUGGACCAUAUUGGAAUUCCAGACUUUGAGGCUGGUGCGAUGGAAAACUGGGGACUAGUGACAUACAGAGAAGAGGCAUUGCUGUGGGACCCGAAAAGAAACACCGAAAUGAGCAAGAGCGAAAUUACCACAAUAGUCGCUCACGAAACAGCCCAUUUCUGGUUUGGUAAUUUGGUAACUUGCAACUGGUGGUCGGAAUUAUUUCUGAACGAAGGAUUUGCUACGUAUUUCGAAUAUCACGCGACACACGAGGUCUUUCCAUCCUGGCAACUGGAUAAGCAGUUUGUUAUCAAGGUUGUCCAUACAGCAUUGAACGCUGAUAGUGUAAGCAAACAGGCCCCUCUUCAGUCAGAAGUAUUCAGUCCGACAGACGCAUCGCAUAAGUUCAGCGUAAUUAGUUAUCUCAAAGGAGGCUCCAUACUUCGUAUGGUCAGACACGUAAUGGGAGCCGAAAUGUUCAGGGAAGGUUUGAGGAAAUAUUUGCUGGAAUAUAAAUAUUGGACUGCUCUGCCGGAAGACUUGUGGGGAAAAUUACAAGAAGCCACAGAUAACACAACUGCCAAGUUGCCAACUGGUAAUUUAACUGAAAUUAUGAACAACUGGAUAAAAAAACCAGGAUACCCGUUGCUAACCGUGCGCACUUUCGAUUCAUAUGUUGAAAUAUCACAGGAGAGGUUUCUAAUGGACGGAAACGAUAAAAAAUCACAAUGGUAUGUUCCUGUCUGUUACACUACGUCACAGCACCCAGAAUUUGAUUGCAAAGGACCACACUUUUGGCUGAUACCAAAAUCUCUUAUAAAACUUAGGAUUAAAAAGAAAGAGUACGAAUGGUUCAUAAUAAACAAUCAUUUAGGAUACUUCAGAGUGAACUAUAACGCGUUUGGCUGGGACAACAUCAGAAAAGCCCUCGAGAAACCAAACUUCGAUGGCAUCCCAGAACUGAACAGAGCGCAAAUAGUCAACGAUCUUUUUAAUCUAGCUUCCUCCGGCAAGGUCCGGUAUAGAAUAGUAUUCGACACUGUUCGGUUCCUUGAAAAUGACACGUCAUACUUUCCCUGGGUUCCAGCAAUCAGGGGUUUCAAAUUUCUUAUGAAACGAGUUGACAUCAAAACGGAACUUGGCCAAGCCUUGUCGAGACAUAUUUUGGAUUUAAUGGAAAAGUUAUACAAAGACACCAGUUUCGUGCCUUUCAAAGAGGAUGAACACAUUUAUACUCUAAGACAGGUGCUGGUUUUUGAUGCAGCCUGUGAAUUUGAGAGACCAUUAUGUAUUCUCAUAUCCGCUGAAUUUUUUUCUAUUAAUAAAAUGGUCGGACGUUUACCCAACAAAAAUUUACGGAAACUGAUGUACUGUUAUGCUUUAAAGUAUAGUGAAGAUCAAAGUGAUUGGGAAUUCGUUUGGAAUUUGUAUAUGAAUAGCACAAUUGUCCCAGAGAACCCGAUGUUUAUUAAAGCUUUGGGAUGUUCUCAGGAUAGAGUGUUACUUAAAAGGUACCUCGAUAUGACUCUUGUGGAGGAUUCUGGUAUCAAAGCCCAGGAGAGGAUGCUUAUAUUCGAAGCUGUGAGUCAAGGCGGCCUAAUUGGAGUUGAACUUGCCCUUGAUUUCUUGCAUAAAAACUAUGAACGCAUCCAGAAGAUGUAUGCCAAUCCCCUACCAUUUUCAAAAAUGAUAGAGAACCUUGCCAAAUCGUUUACAACUAAACGGCAACUUGAAAAGAUGAAAAAGUUCCUACAAACUGGCGGUCUCUCUGAAGAGUAUAUGGACUCAGCAUUGGCGGCCUUGCAAAUGGCUAAAGUUAACGUGGAGUGGUUCAAAAAGUAUGAGUUGGAGUUGAUGCAGUUUUCAUAA